AGCCACCGAGGCUCUUCAGAGCUGGGGACGCUCUGGUGCAGGAGCCAUCCCUUCUCUCCCGACCUGGAACUCCCCCCCCAGCCCUGGUAUAGUUCGUUUUGGAAGUGGCUCACUGCUCAGAUUGCACGGAUAUCAAGAGUGUUGAGAGCCCAGUUUGGGGGAGCCAUGGAGGAAUCUUCAGAAGCCAAUAAAGCCCUGGACACCAAUGCUCACUCUCGUUUCAUCAUUGGCUCAGUGUCAGAGGAUAACUCAGAGGAUGAGACCAGCUCCUUGGUGAAACUUGACCUGCUGGAGGAGAAGGAGAGGUCUUUGUCACCUGUGUCUGUGUGCUCUGAUUCCCUCUCGGACCUGGGGCUUCCCAACACUCAGGACGCCCUGGCCAGCCAUAUGAGGCCCAGCAUGUCUGGUUUGCACCUUGUCAAGCAAGGCAGGGACAGGAAGAAGGUGGAUGUGCAGCGAGAUUUCACCGUGGCUUCUCCAGCAGAAUUUGUUACUCGUUUUGGAGGGAAUAAAGUUAUUGAAAAGGUCCUGAUAGCAAAUAAUGGCAUUGCAGCAGUGAAAUGCAUGAGGUCCAUCCGGCGCUGGUCCUACGAGAUGUUCAGGAACGAGAGAGCCAUCAGGUUCGUGGUCAUGGUCACUCCUGAGGACCUGAAAGCCAAUGCAGAGUACAUUAAAAUGGCAGAUCACUACGUGCCCGUCCCGGGAGGACCCAACAACAACAACUAUGCAAACGUGGAGCUCAUCCUCGAUAUUGCCAAGAGGAUUCCAGUGCAGGCUGUGUGGGCUGGCUGGGGCCAUGCAUCAGAGAACCCCAAACUGCCAGAACUUCUGCACAAAAACGGGAUUGCUUUCAUGGGUCCUCCCAGCCAAGCCAUGUGGGCCUUAGGAGAUAAAAUUGCUUCUUCCAUCGUGGCUCAGACUGCUGGCAUUCCAACUCUCCCUUGGAGUGGCAGUGGUCUUCGGGUGGACUGGCAGGAGAAUGAUCUGCAGAAACGCAUCCUGAACGUUCCCCAGGAGCUCUACGAGAAGGGCUACGUGAAGGAUGCAGAUGAUGGACUCAGGGCUGCUGAGGAGGUUGGCUACCCUGUCAUGAUCAAGGCUUCUGAAGGAGGAGGAGGAAAAGGAAUCAGGAAAGUGAACAAUGCAGAUGACUUCCCCAAUCUCUUCAGACAGGUUCAAACUGAGGUGCCAGGCUCUCCCAUCUUUGUGAUGAGGCUGGCCAAGCAGUCCAGGCACCUGGAGGUGCAGAUCCUGGCAGACCAGUAUGGCAAUGCCAUCUCCCUCUUCGGCCGGGACUGCUCCGUGCAGCGCCGGCACCAGAAAAUCAUCGAGGAAGCUCCAGCCUCUAUUGCGACCUCGACAGUGUUUGAGCACAUGGAGCAGUGUGCAGUGAAACUUGCCAAAAUGGUCGGGUACGUGAGUGCAGGCACUGUGGAGUACCUGUACAGCCAGGAUGGCAGCUUCUACUUCCUGGAGCUGAACCCACGCCUGCAGGUGGAGCAUCCCUGCACGGAGAUGGUGGCAGAUGUCAACCUGCCAGCAGCACAGCUCCAGAUUGCCAUGGGGAUCCCUCUCCACAGGAUCAAGGACAUCAGGGUGAUGUAUGGAGUUUCUCCCUGGGGAGACACAACCAUUGAUUUUGAGAACUCAGCCCACGUCCCCAGCCCCCGUGGCCACGUCAUUGCUGCCCGGAUCACCAGUGAGAAUCCUGACGAGGGAUUUAAACCCAGUUCUGGCACAGUUCAGGAGCUGAAUUUCCGCAGCAAUAAGAAUGUCUGGGGCUAUUUCAGUGUGGCUGCUGCAGGAGGGCUCCAUGAAUUUGCUGAUUCCCAGUUUGGUCACUGCUUCUCCUGGGGAGAGAACCGUGAAGAAGCCAUCUCAAACAUGGUGGUGGCUCUGAAGGAACUCUCCAUCCGAGGGGACUUCAGGACCACUGUGGAAUACUUGAUCAAGCUGCUGGAGACAGAGAGCUUCCAGCAGAACCGCAUCGACACGGGCUGGCUGGACCGGCUCAUCGCUGAGAAAGUGCAGGCUGAGAGGCCUGACACCAUUCUGGGGGUGGUGUGUGGGGCUCUGCACGUGGCUGACGUGAGCUUCCGAAACAGCGUCUCCAACUUCCUGCACUCCCUGGAAAGGGGCCAAGUGCUCCCUGCUCACACUCUGCUCAACACGGUGGACGUGGAGCUCAUCUACGAGGGACGGAAGUACGUGCUGAAGGUGACCAGGCAGUCUCCCAAUUCCUACGUGGUCAUCAUGAACAGUUCCUGCGUGGAGGUCGAUGUGCAUCGCCUGAGUGACGGGGGGCUGCUCCUCUCCUACGAUGGCAGCAGCUACACCACCUACAUGAAAGAAGAAGUGGACAGGUAUCGCAUCACCAUUGGGAACAAGACCUGUGUGUUUGAGAAGGAGAAUGAUCCCUCCAUCCUGCGCUCCCCUUCUGCUGGGAAGCUGAUCCAGUAUGUGGUGGAGGAUGGGGGACACGUGUUUGCAGGCCAGUGCUUUGCAGAAAUUGAGGUGAUGAAAAUGGUGAUGACAAUAACAGCAGGAGAAUCAGGCUGCAUCCACUAUGUCAAACGGCCAGGGGCAGUCCUGGACCCAGGCUGUGUGAUUGCCAAGCUCCAGCUGGAUGAUCCCAGCAGGGUUCAGCAGGCUGAGCUGCACACGGGUACCCUGCCCCAGAUCCAGAGCACAGCUCUGCGGGGCGAGAAACUCCAUCGCAUCUUCCACUACGUCCUGGACAACCUGGUCAACGUGAUGAAUGGCUACUGCCUGCCAGAGCCCUUCUUCAACAGCAAGGUGAAGGGUUGGGUUGAGAGAUUAAUGAAGACCCUGAGGGAUCCAUCUUUGCCCCUGCUGGAACUUCAGGACAUCAUGACCAGUGUUUCUGGACGGAUACCACCCAAUGUGGAGAAGUCCAUCAAGAAGGAGAUGGCCCAGUAUGCCAGCAACAUCACCUCGGUCCUGUGCCAGUUUCCCAGCCAACAGAUUGCCAACAUCCUGGACAGCCACGCUGCCACCCUGAACCGCAAAUCGGAGCGCGAGGUUUUCUUCAUGAACACUCAGAGCAUCGUGCAGCUCGUGCAGAGGUACCGCAGUGGCAUUCGGGGCCACAUGAAGGCCGUGGUGAUGGAUCUGCUCAGGCAGUACCUGAAGGUGGAGACUCAGUUCCAGCACGGUCACUAUGACAAGUGUGUCUUCACCCUUCGUGAGGAGAACAAGAGUGACAUGAACGCAGUGCUGAACUACAUCUUCUCCCAUGCCCAGGUCACCAAGAAGAACCUGCUGGUCACAAUGCUCAUUGACCAGCUCUGUGGCCGUGACCCCACCUUGACAGACGAGCUGAUCAACAUCCUGACAGAGCUGACCCAGCUCAGCAAGACAACCAACGCCAAGGUGGCCCUGCGAGCACGGCAGGUUCUCAUUGCUUCCCACCUGCCCUCCUACGAGCUGCGUCACAACCAGGUGGAGUCCAUCUUCCUGUCGGCCAUCGACAUGUACGGCCACCAGUUCUGCAUUGAGAACCUGCAGAAACUCAUUUUGUCUGAGACAUCCAUCUUUGAUGUGCUUCCCAACUUCUUCUACCACAGUAACCAGGUGGUAAGAAUGGCAGCUUUGGAGGUGUAUGUUCGCAGGGCUUACAUUGCCUAUGAGUUAAACAGUGUCCAGCACCGCCAGCUGAAGGACAACACCUGCGUGGUGGAGUUCCAGUUCAUGCUGCCCACCUCCCAUCCCAACAGAGGGAACAUCCCCACGCUAAACAGGAUGUCCUUCUCUUCCAACCUCAACCACUAUGGGAUGGUGCACGUGGCCAGUGUGAGUGAUGUGCUGCUGGACAAUUCCUUCACGCCCCCGUGCCAGAGGAUGGGUGGCAUGGUCUCCUUCCGCACCUUCGAGGACUUUGUCAGGAUUUUUGAUGAAGUCAUGGGAUGCUUCUGUGACUCUCCCCCGCAGAGCCCGACGUUCCCCGAGGCCGGCCACGCUUCCCUGUAUGAUGAAGACAAGAGUGCUCGGGAGGAGCCCAUCCACAUCCUCAACGUGGCCAUCAAAACCGACAGCGACGUGGACGACGAUGGCCUGGCUGCCAUGUUCAGGGAGUUCACCCAGAGCAAGAAAUCAGUCCUGAUUGAACAUGGCAUUCGAAGGCUGACUUUCCUUGUGGCACAAAAGGACUUCAGGAAACAGGUCAACUAUGAGGUGGAUCAGAGAUUCCAUAGGGAAUUCCCAAAGUUCUUCACGUUCCGUGCCCGGGAUAAGUUCGAGGAGGACAGGAUUUACAGGCACCUGGAGCCAGCCCUGGCCUUCCAGCUGGAGCUGAACCGAAUGAGGAACUUCGACCUCACGGCCAUCCCCUGUGCCAACCACAAAAUGCACCUGUACCUGGGGGCUGCCAAGGUGGAGGUGGGCACAGAGGUCACAGACUACAGGUUCUUUGUCAGGGCCAUCAUCAGGCACUCAGACCUGGUGACCAAGGAAGCCUCCUUUGAGUACCUGCAGAACGAGGGGGAGCGUUUGCUGCUGGAGGCCAUGGACGAGCUGGAGGUGGCUUUCAACAACACCAACGUGCGCACGGACUGCAACCACAUCUUCCUCAACUUCGUGCCCACCGUCAUCAUGGACCCCUCCAAGAUCGAGGAGUCGGUGCGCUCCAUGGUGAUGCGCUACGGGAGCCGCCUCUGGAAGCUGCGGGUGCUGCAGGCCGAGCUGAAGAUCAACAUCCGCCUGACCCCCACGGGCAAGGCCAUCCCCAUCCGCCUCUUCCUCACCAACGAAUCAGGAUAUUACCUGGACAUCAGCCUCUACAAGGAGGUGACAGACUCCAGGACAGGACAGAUCAUGUUCCAGGCCUAUGGAGAUAAGCAGGGACCACUCCAUGGGAUGCUCAUCAACACUCCCUACGUGACCAAAGACCUGCUGCAGUCCAAGAGGUUCCAGGCACAGACUUUAGGGACAUCAUAUGUCUAUGACAUUCCUGAGAUGUUCAGGCAGUCCUUGAUCAAGCUCUGGAAUUCCAUGAACGACCACGCGUUCCUGCCGCCGGCGCCGCUGCCCUCGGACAUCCUGACCUACACGGAGCUGGUGCUGGAUGACCAGGGCCAGCUGGUGCACAUGAACAGGCUGCCAGGGGGAAAUGAGAUUGGCAUGGUGGCCUGGAAGAUGACCCUGAAGACACCAGAGUACCCAGAGGGCCGGGAUAUCAUUGUCAUUGGCAAUGACAUCACCUAUAAAAUCGGCUCCUUUGGGCCCCAGGAGGAUGUGCUGUUCCUCAGGGCGUCUGAGCUGGCCCGGGCUCAGGGCAUCCCCCGCAUUUACGUGGCUGCCAACAGUGGGGCCAGGAUUGGGCUGGCUGAGGAGAUCAGGCACAUGUUCCACGUGGCUUGGGAAGACCCAGACAACCCCUACAAGGGAUACAAAUACUUGUACCUGACUCCUCAAGACUAUAAGAAAGUCAGUGCCCUGAACUCUGUUCACUGUGAGCAUGUGGAGGAAAAUGGAGAGUCCAGGUACAAGAUAACAGAUAUAAUCGGGAAGGAGGACGGGCUUGGAGUGGAGAACCUCAGAGGAUCUGGAAUGAUUGCUGGAGAAUCAUCUUUAGCCUAUGAGAGUGUUAUCACCAUCAGCUUGGUUACGUGUCGGGCAAUUGGGAUUGGUGCCUACAUCGUCAGGCUGGGCCAGAGAACCAUCCAGGUGGAGAAUUCCCACAUCAUCCUCACGGGCUGUGGGGCCCUCAACAAAGUGCUUGGAAGGGAAGUUUACACCUCCAACAACCAGCUGGGAGGGAUCCAGAUCAUGCACAACAACGGGGUGACACAUGACACUGUCUGUGAUGACUUUGAAGGAGUUUACACCAUCCUGCAGUGGCUUUCCUACAUGCCAAAGAAUAUCCACAGCCCUGUGCCCAUCCUGAAGGCCAAGGAUCCCAUAGACAGAACCAUUGAGUUUGUUCCCACCAAGACCCCCUACGACCCUCGCUGGAUGCUGGCUGGACGCCCCAACCCAAAUCAGAAGGGGCAGUGGCUGAGUGGGUUCUUUGACCAUGGCUCGUUCAUGGAGAUCAUGCAGCCCUGGGCACAGACAGUGGUGGUGGGGAGAGCAAGGCUGGGAGGAAUACCUGUAGGAGUGGUUGCUGUGGAAACAAGGACAGUGGAGCUCAGCAUUCCUGCUGAUCCUGCAAACCUGGACUCAGAGGCCAAGAUAAUCCAGCAGGCUGGGCAGGUGUGGUUCCCUGACUCUGCCUUCAAAACAGCCGAGGCAAUCAAGGACUUCAACAGGGAAGGGCUGCCCCUGAUGCUCUUUGCAAACUGGAGAGGCUUCUCUGGGGGAAUGAAAGACAUGUACGACCAGGUGCUGAAGUUCGGCGCCUACAUCGUGGACGGGCUGCGGGAGUACCGGCAGCCCGUGCUCAUUUACAUCCCGCCCCAGGGCGAGCUGCGAGGCGGCUCCUGGGUGGUGAUCGACCCCACCAUCAACCCGAGGCACAUGGAGAUGUACGCCGACCGGGAGAGCAGGGGAGGGAUCCUGGAGCCCGAGGGGACGGUGGAGAUCCGGUUCCGAAGGAAGGACCUGGUGAAGACCAUGCGCAGGGUGGACCCCGUGUACAUCAGCCUGGCCGAGCGCCUGGGAACCCCUGAGCUGAGCCCAGCUGACAGGAAGGAGCUGGAGGCCAAGCUGAAGGAGAGGGAGGAGUUCCUGCUCCCCAUGUACCAGCAGGUGGCCAUGCAGUUCGCUGACCUGCACGACACCCCCGGCAGGAUGCAGGAGAAAGGAGCCAUCACCGAUGUUCUGGACUGGAAAACCUCCAGGACAUUUUUUUACUGGCGGCUGCGGCGGCUGCUGCUGGAGGAGGCCGUGAAGAGCAAAAUCCACGGGGCCAACCCCGAGCUGACAGACGGGCAGAUCCAGGCCAUGCUGCGCCGCUGGUUCGUGGAGGCCGAGGGGACAGUGAAGGCUUACCUGUGGGACAGCAACAAGGACCUGGCGGAGUGGCUGGAGAAGCAGCUGACCGAGGAGGAGGGCGUGCGCUCCGUGGUGGAGGAGAACAUCAAAUACAUCUCCAGGGAUUAUGUGCUCAAACAGAUCCGGGGCCUGGUCGAGGCCAAUCCCGAGGUUGCCAUGGAUUCCAUCGUGCACAUGACCCAGCACAUCUCCCCCACCCAGCGAGCCGAGGUCGUGCGGAUCCUCUCCACAAUGGACUCGCCUUCUUCCACGUAAGAGCAUCGAUCCCACCCCGCCCCUGCCCGGCGCCGCCAGGAGGAACCCGGAGCUGGGAACUGCCCUUUGUCUGCUCGGCUGCCACGGGGAGGCUCAGGGAACGCUGCUGCAGUGACAGUUUUAUUUUAUCAAAUCAGGCUGGCCAGAGGAAGCGUGUCCUUUGGCCAGGGACACGAGGAAAAUGUAUAAACACAAGCGCCUGCGGAACUGA